CCUUGUUAUUGGAUACACACACACGAAAAGAGAAUACCUCCGAUAAACUCAGGUAAAUGCAGGUCUGUUCAGAAAAUUUGCUUGCAGUAAAUUCAGUACUAGUCAGUAGCUUUCCAGACAAUUCAGUAUGGUGCUGAUGUGUACAGAUAGUAUGGCCGCUGCACCCGACAGUGCAUUUUGUGGAAUUUGUGAAGUUCGUCAUAUUACAAAAGCAUCCACUUAUUGGUGUCCUGAAUGCGAUGAAGGAUUAUGUACAGAAUGCCAUGAACAUCACAGUAUUUCGAAAGCAACACGAAAACAUGGUGUCAUUUCUAUAAAAAAUUAUAGAAAACUACCAACAUCCAUUGCAAACAUCGCAAAUUUCUGCACGGAGCAUGAUAUGAAAUUUGAAAAUUAUUGUCCGCAUCAUAACAAAAUAUGUUGCCCGGCCUGUAUUUCUACUAACCACAAAAACUGUGUCGGUUUGCACCUACUUCGUGAUGUUCUAAAAACUGCUAAGUCAUCAACGUUAUUUGACUCCAUUGAAAUGAGCAUUCAAGACAUAAAAACCAACAUUGACACAAUCAUAAAGGAUCGCAUAGAUGAUCUUACCAGGUUCCUUCACCAACGAGAAAAAUGUCGGAAUGAAAUCAAACAGUUGAGAAUUGUAAUAAAUUCUCACUUAGAUGAACUAGAAGAACAGAUAUUGAAAAAGCUUAAUGCUGUCGAGAUGGAAGUAAACUUAAAAACAGAUAAAUUGGUAGCAGAUCUUUCAGAAAAAACAAAAUAUGCAGAUAUCUUGCAAGCCAACAUCACAUCUGUCAAGAAAUAUGGAUCAGAUCUGCAGGCAUACAUGGGCAGUAAACUAAUUGAAGCUGAUGUGGAAAAGGAAGAAAAAUACCUCCAGUCUUUAACCAAGAACAGAAGCCUUCAACAAAAUCUCUUGCAGUGCAAAAUUGAUGAUAAAAUAUUGAAGUUAUCAUCAAUUACAACCUUUGGAUCAAUUUCUAUAAGUUUAGGAUCGGUAUCUGUUUCUUUGAAAUCAGAAAGACAAAAGCAGGCACAGAUCUUUACAAAAAUUCCUACAGAUAUCAAGAGGACUGUUAAAGAUAUAACACUGUCAUGUGCAUCGAAAAUUGAAAUGACAGGAGAUUUGUUUAAAGAUUCAGACAUCCGUGAUGCCGUUGUUUUGUCUAACGGACAAAUCAUAUUUGCAGAUUUUAGUCAACGGAGGCUUAUUGUGUUGAAAAUUGAUGGUACGCUCGAGAAAACAGUAUCAGUGACUAGUGGGCCGUUUGCAAUUACCAACAUUAGCGACAAAGCAGUUGCUAUUUCAGCCAUUCGUGCCGCCGAGAUUAUCGAAAUCGACACUGGGAAUAUCAAAGUAAAUAUCAAAACAAACGGUGAAUGUCAAUGCAUAGAUUACCACUUCGCCAGAGAAAUGAUAGUAUGUUAUGUUAAAUCAAAGGGAAUUCAAUCGAUUCAAUUAUAUGACAAGACUAUUUCCACUAUCGUAAAAGCGAGAGGCGACUCAAAGUCUGGUUCGAUCUACAUUGCUGUUCAAGGCGAUAACAUCUACGAAUCCAGAUCCGAACAACAUACGAUCUCAUGCUAUACAUUGAUUGGAGAGAAGCUAUGGGUGUUUAACAACACAUACUUAUUGGCUUAUCCUUUGGCAAUUUCCCUCGAUGAAGACUCAAACGUGUUUGUAUGUUCUUACUAUACAAACAGUGUAGUUGUCCUGUCGUCUGAUGGGACAAAAUGUAAAAAGAUUCUUAGUUUUGAAGAUGAAAUAUCGCGUCCAUGUGCAUUGUUUUUUGAUAUAAAGAGAACAAACCUGCUUUUUGCUAAGACAAGUGGACCAAUCUAUGUUUAUAACGUUUCGUAAAUAGGGAGGAAUUGUAUCUCUCAGUCCUAUAAUCGACUUUAAGACAUUUUGCGUUCAUGUUAUGGCUGAACGAAAAUCUUUUCAAUUAAUUUGACUAUAAUCUAUCGGACUUUUAUAUUUACACUGUAAAAUUAGUUGUUAUCUCGUGUUCCAUUUUUGUUUUAUAUGCACUUAUAUUGAUUUGAAUGUAUGUUUCUACUAAUCCGGUAAAGUGUUUCGUAUCAGCGUGCCACUAAAAAUUGUAACUCAUUUAUUUCUAAUAAUAGACAAUAAUUGCUUGAA